CUUGGGGAUCAAGAAAAAAAACCCAUCCGGUUCAUCUCCCGAAAUCGUGUUGCCAAUCUCAUUUCUCUCUUUUUUCAGAAAAGAAAUGAUUAAAUUCGAAAGCCAACACCUUCGUAGAACCAUCGUCGCCGUCAGAAAUGGCCCUCUUCACUUUUAAAUACCAUCAAAAUCUCACUCCCUCUUCGUAUUCCCACCCAUUCUUCCUGAUCUUUUCUGGGUCUUCUCUUCAUCGUCGAAACUGAUUGAUCCCUCUGAUUUAUGGAUAAUAAUCUUCUCGACGAUUUUCCCAAUUUCUGGAAUAAUUUCAAUUUCCAUCCCCAUGUUUCAAAUGGGUUCACAGCGAAUCGCGAAAUCGUCGACCCCAUUAUGAUUCCGGCGAAUUCGCCGCCGUCGAGCUCGGAAGGGGAGUCGCCGGACAGCCAUGACACCUCCAACACGACGCUCAAGUACAUCACCGAGAUGCUUAUGGACGAAGAAGAGGAUCUGAAAACCAAGCCGUGUAUGCUUCUGGACGGUUUGGCUCUUCAGGCCGCCGAGAAAUCCUUCUACGAUGUUCUUGGGCAGAAAUAUCCACCUUCCCCAAUCGGAACUUGCGAUUCUUCUGGUAAGGGAGGAGAAGAAGAAUUUGAACCUGUGAGUGAAUAUCCCUCUGUGUUUGCCCCUUUUGCGAACCCUCUUCUGGGUGGUCAAGAUUCGUUUCUUGAGAUGCAGUUUAUUGGCCAUUUUAGGCAAGGGUUGGAAGAGGCGAGCAAGUUUCUUCCCAUCAAUGGAAGAUUUGGGACCAUUGACUUGGAGAGCGAAUCACCGCCGUCCAUUUCUUCUGGGGGUGUGGCUUUUUCUUCUAGUGUUGGUAAUGGGUUGUUAAGAGAGAAGAAAAACCGUGAGAGGGAGGAUAGUGAUGAGGAGUUGAGACUCGCCAAAUAUUCAGCUACUUAUGCUGAUGACAACAAUUCACUGUGUGAUUUGUUUGAUGAGGUUCUGCUGUGUCGGGGGGAGAGUCGGCGGCCCCAGUCGUGCGGUUCGGAUGAUUCGUCGGAGAACGAAGCAAAAAAGAAGUCCGGGAGGAGAUGGAAAGGGAAGAAGAGGGGAUCGAGGAAGAAGGAGAAGGACAAGAGUAUGGGAAUUGUGGAUUUGUGGACAUUGUUGACUCAGUGUGCUCAGGCAGUUUCGAACUAUGACAAGAGGACUGCUGUAGAAUUGCUUAAUCAGAUAAGGCAGCAUGCUUCUCCAUCUGGGGAUGGGAAUCAGAGACUAGCUCAUUACUUUGCCAAAGGGCUUGAGACCCGGCUUGCGGCCGGGACGCCUCUGUAUAUGCCGUUUGCAAGCAAUGAAACCUCUGCUGCUGAGAUCUUGAAGGCUUACCAGAUGUUCAUCAAGGCCUGCCCGUUUCGGCGGAUGUCGUAUUUCUACGCCAACAGGACGAUUUUGAAACUAGCUGAGAAAGUAACUAGGCUUCACAUUAUUGAUUUUGGGAUUCUGUAUGGUUUGCAAUGGCCCUGCUUGAUUCAGCGGCUCUCAAGCAGACCAGGUGGGCCUGCCAAACUUAGGAUCACAGGGAUCGAGCUUCCCCAGCCGGGAUUUCGCCCCACUGAAAGGGUUGAGCAGACGGGGCGUCGCCUUGAACAUUACUGCAAGAGAUUUAAUGUGCCAUUUGAACACAAGGUAUUGGCACAGAAAUGGGAUAGUGUUAGGUACGAGGAUCUGAAUAUUGAUAGAAAUGAGCUGACGAUUGUGACUUGUAUGUUCCGAUUGAAGAACGUACCGGACGAGACGGUGGUGGCGAACAGUCCAAGAGACACGGUUUUGAAGUUGAUCAGGAGAAUAAACCCGGAUCUGUUCAUCCAUGAAAUCACCAAUGGCUCAUUCAACACUCCAUUCUUCAAUACACGGUUUAAGGAGGCACUAUUUUACUACUCAUCGUUGUUUGACAUGUACGAGGCAACGGUGCCUCGAGAUAACCCGCAGAGGCAUUUGUGCGAGAAGGAAAUCCUUGGAAGAGACAUCAUGAACGUGGUAGCGUGUGAGGGACUCGAGAGAGUUGAAAGGCCCGAGACAUACAAGCAAUGGCAAGUAAGGAACACCAGGGCCGGGUUCAAGCAAGUUCCAUUAGACCAGCAUCUGCUCAAACAUGUGGAGAACAUAGUCAACACAGAAUAUCAUCACGACUUCGUCAUCGACCAGGACGGGUCGUGGAUGUUGCAAGGCUGGAAGGGGCGGAUCAUCGACGCCUUGUCUUGUUGGGUAGUUGCAUAACAUGCCACAUAAUCCAGUCAAGAGCAUAGCUCAAGUGGUUAAAGUAUAUAUCCUUCACCAGAAGGUCCGAUGUUUGAAUCUCCAGCCAAGAGCAUAUCUCAACUGGUUAAGACAUAUAUCCUUGACCAGAAGGUUCGAUGUUUGAAUCUCCAGCCAAGAGCAUAGUUCAACUGGUUAUGGCAUAUGUCGUUGAUUAAAAGGCCUAGGUUUGAAUCAUCACUCCAAUAUGUUGUUAGGUUGUUGAACACAGAAAAAAGAUGCCAGGAAAUCCAUCAGCCAUAGCGCAGUCAUAGCCAUGGAAGACUUGGCAGUCUAUCAUAUUUCUCCAUUUUUAUCAUCUGUUUUUGGAGUUUUUCUGUCUGCUAACAAAGUAAUGUAGCUUCAUUGUUGGAACUUUUGUAUAUAUUGGAUCUCAAAUUUGCCCCUAUGGAAAUCACAUAUAAAUUACAACCAAAGCUUACUUCCCAUUGGUUUUCCCCUU